AUGAGCAACAAUCUGAUUAAAACCAAUUAUAGUCGUAUCGAUAAAUACCCAGACUUUCCUUCACUAAAAGCCACUGCCAAAGCAGGAUGCGGAUUCUGCCAUCUACUAAGAAAAACUAUCAGGUAUGCCUGGGCUGCGAGACCCAUGGAAGAAUGGGGAGUUGGUCCGAUAAGAGAGCAAGAAGGUCUGUGGAACGACAUAUUGGAAGAGAGCUGGGAUGGAAAAAUCAAAAUCCACAAAGCUGUUUUUUCAUUGGCUCCCCAUUCGGAAGACUCAAGCGGAAAUCCAAACACUGUAAUAAGCUUAGGAAUGGAGUUUGGACCUCUGACAACUUUCAUGCCCAAACUUGGUAGCAAACAGCAUGGAGAUAUUGGCCGGGUCAUCGGGUUUAAGACAAUUCCUAGUCGUCAAACUCUUGGCCUCGAAAAUGUCAAUCUCAUGACACAGUGGAUCGCUGAGUGCAAAUUGGACCAUCCUCAAUGCCUCGCAGGAAUGAUUAAUUGGUGUCCUAGUCGAGUUCUAGACACAGGAAGUCCUAGUGAACCCCCUAAUGUCCGCCUAAUCGAAACCGCGGACUUUCCCGUCCCUUACACGGCUCUCAGUCAUAUGUGGGGAGACGUGAACUAUUACGCGCCGCUUAGAGCUUUCAAAUCAAACUACGAUGAUCUCAAAACCAAUAUUCCGAUGUCAAAUCUUCCUAGAAAUUUCAAGGAAGCCGUCGUCUUGACCCGCGCAUUAGGCUUAAGAUAUCUAUGGAUCGACUCUUUAUGCAUUAUCCAAGAUGACGCGGAGGAUUGGCGUCGAGAAGCAGCUACCAUGUUCCAAGUGUAUAGUGCUGCGGAAGUCACUAUCGUCGCUACUUCUGCUACUUCUACUCACGAUGGCUUCUUAAAGCGGGAUCUUUCCAAUAUGGCGGCAGCGAAGCUUGAAUACUGUCUCGAACCUGACUCAAAGCCUAGCCACAUCGUGCUCGUCGCACAAGACGACGUCGAAACCGGAACUUGGUACGGCGAUGUCGAGGACAGUCUCUGGAAUACAAGAGGCUGGACAAUGCAAGAACGCCGCUUGUCGUCUCGAAUGCUGCAUUUUAGCAAGAAUAAGAUAUACUUCGAAUGCCGAACUUGUCGUCGCUCCGAAGAAAACGAACCUAUCCCUGAGUAUAGACAAUUUGAUCUGUGGCCCAGAUCAGAUGCAGCACACAGUGCCAAAGACAAAGAAGACGCUAAAGACCGCCUAUACAGACUUUGGAUUAAGACAGUACAAGAGUACUCUGCCAGAAAACUCACUAAAGGCUUCGACAAGUUAACAGCUAUUUACAGCGUUGCAUUUGCAAUGUCUACAGGUACCGAGGGGUUCAAAGAUAGGUACAUCGAUUAUGCCGGCUUAUGGUCUGAAUACCUCCAGCAUGGCCUACUUUGGCAAGUCAGAGACGGAGCUAUUGAGAAACCCAAAGAAUACAGAGCACCAAGCUGGUCAUGGGCAGCCUUAGACGGGAGACUUGGUUGGAACGAGUUCAAGAACUUUGCGAAGCCGUCUCAUUUCCAUAAUGACUUUGCGGUGCUGGAAAUUGGAUCUGGUAAAAGCGACGAAAACAAGUUCCUCAAGGUCAAAGCAACGAUCUUGCCAAUUGAUCUGGUGCUCGAAUGCGAUGAGGAUGACCGCUGGGUAUAUGGUUCUCGAAGCAAUUUUCCACACGAUUUGUAUGUUAGAACGCCAUCACUUCAGCUUGAAACGCAACUGAAUGAGAUAAGCGUAACAACUCGCCUUGGAACACCGCGGGAACGUUACGACGCUGUUGAAGAUGGACAAUACAUCAAGAUUGGAGAAGCACGUCUUGAUCUGGAUGAUAAGGAGAACUUGACACUAUCAGAUCGACAGCUCUAUUAUAUGCAUGUCGAUAACCUUUGCAGACCCUCCGGUCUCGUGUUUGAGUCAGUAAUCAAGAAUGGCGAAACAAAGUGGCUGCGGGUGGGUGUUGCGACGGUUUUUGGAAAGGAUAGCGAGCUGUUUCAAGAAGAUGUAUGGGAUAAACAGGAUGGAAUGGCUGAGACAUGUGUGCUUCAUAUGAUUUAG